AUGGCGACUCAGUCUUUUCUUUCAAUUCCUUCUCUCAAGUUUCGGGCGAAGCCAUUUCAAUGUCAACCUUGUUAUUUCCGUAGACGGCCAGAAGUUUAUCUUCCGCAUCAAACAAGUUCUAUUCGUACCACUUCAAUUAAAGCAUCGUUGGCAGACCAUAAUGAGCCUAUUGAGUUUAAGAUGCAGAUUGUGGUCACGAAGGAAAAACACGAAGAAGAAGAAGAAGAAGCAAUGCCAAACGCAGUUCAAGAAUUUACUUGGAGAAAAGCUCUGCAUACACUUCUAGAUGGACUUCAACUUCUUGUAAAGUGGUUACUUUUUCUAAAUUUCUUCGUUACCUUUUUCGCUACUAUAUAUUUGUUCUCAGUAAAUCGCGAACUAGUAAUUCCCGUUGGCCUCUUUGGUGGCUGCGUUGUGGCUCAUUUCAUGAAAGAGAUAUCGCUAGAAUGGUUUCAUCGAUCCGAGGAGAAUGCUUUGAAAUGGAUUCGUUUGGGCUUAUGUGGCUUUUUUGUGUUGGUCAAGUUUAUAUCGACAUCGUUACCAGAAGAACCGAAGCAUUUUUUUUAUUCUGUUGGAAUUGGUGGACUACUGCAGCUACUCUGGUAUUGGAGAAAUUUUCUGAAAGAUGCAAAAAAAAGACAACAAGAAACGAAUACAACGUACAGCUUCCAAUUUUCUACAGAUAUGUAGGUGGUGUGGUUGGGUUAAUCUUUUGAACUUGUUUAAUCCAUCAUUCAUUAGUUUAUCAUACAACAACUAACUGCUUUCAAUCAUCUUCUUCAUAUGAACUUGUUUUAUUUAUUCCCUUCUUAUUCAAGUUGAUGAAACAAACUCAAUGUUGCAAUUUAUGAGCAUUAUUCAUGUAACCAUAUAUGU